ACGUCAGUAUUUAUUUUUAAGAUAUUUUUAAACUUUCAUUACAUUAUAUUAAUUGGUUGCAAUUAUUCUUAGUUGUGUAUUCAUUAGUAUAAUCAUCGUGAAUCACUUUUCUAAUCUAUAUCAUUUGUUUAUGCGUUUUCUUAAUUAAAAACGUCGAAUGAAACUUAUAUCAUAAAAAAUACUAAUAUUCUAAUACAACAGAUUUUAAUACCUACUAAUUGUACAAAUUAGGAUAGAAUCUAUAUUGUUGAUACAUCACGUUGCCAUACAAGUUAAUUACUGUUAUACAAUACGAGUCAGCUACUGUGUUCAAUUAUAAUGGAGUAACUCAUGCAUGUUCAAUCGAAUCAUUCAGUCAAGUGAGCUCGUUUCUAAAACGUUAAAAAUGAAUCAAGUAUCUUUAAUUUUUAUGUUUUUAUCAGUGUAUUUAAUAAUGAACAUAAUUUUGUGCGAUCGUUGUUGCCGAAUCAGUUCACGACAACUAUCAUAUUAUAAACUAAUUAAAUCGAAAGUUCGUUCAAAUAAUUUAAUACUAUCGAGAACAGCUGUACGAAAUGUGAACGAGUGCAAAGAAUUUGCUUUGACCAAGAGAGCUUUGGCUUUCAAUUAUGGCUUAGAAAAUAAUCCUUAUGAAUGGGAUUUUAAUACGCAAAACAAGCAACGUAUAGGAAUAAUUAAAAUUUGCCAAGCACUUCAGUGUCCAGAACUCCAUAAUUUUACUGUUUUUCUCAAGGAUAAAAAUUACAGAUAUUACAGCAUGUACCCUAGCUCUAUUUUACCUGGCCCAAAUUUUACGCUGAUUUGUAUUCCCAAGACAGGUGUAUUCGUAUUUUCGAGAAAUUAUUUGAAUUAUAGCCAAGCACAAAUUUCUUGCCAGAAAAUGAAUUCAUCUCUUGCACACAUAAUUAGUGACGAGCGUACAGACGGUCUGGCGAAAUAUAUUUCUCAAAAUACACCCACUUUCGUUGGACUCAGUAACCGUGACCAUGAGAAAAUUUGGAAAAACGAAUUUGAUGAACCACUUUCUUGUUUUAAAUAUCGAGCAUGGGGUGAAGGGGAACCAUCACAUACGCGGGGAUGUGUUAGUAUUAUGAAAUCAUCUAAAGCAGAAGGUAAUCCCUUUUGGAAAGUUGUACCAUGUGACAGUCAAUUACAUUUUAUUUGUGAAAUUUCACCAAUUUAUCAAUCUUCGUAUAAUCAAAAACACAAUAGAUUAUAAAUAAGAUACUUAUACUGAUACGAAAAUGCUUAAAUAAAAUGUAUUUAAAGUAAAUUAUGAAC